AUGGCUGAGGCUCUGGGCCUCGUCGCCAGUGGCAUCAGUAUUGCCUCGAUUGUUGCCCAAGUCAUCGAGUCUUCAAUCAAACUCAAGGCAUUCUGGAACUCGGUAAAGAAUGGGCCGAAUGAAAUCGCCAGCCUCGUCGACGAGAUCCAGGUACUAAGCGAAGUGACUUUGCAGUGGACAAGUCAUGGCACUGCUAUGUCGAGCGUUGAUAAUUAUAUUUUUCAAAGCCUAAGGCGCUGCCAAUCAGAGAUGGCAUCGCUUUCUGCUAUAGUGGACCGAUAUGAUCGCGAUCUCAAGAAAAACAAAAAGUGGUCGACGUUGAGAUUGGGCCUGAACAAGGAGGUCCUGGCAACGCAUCAAAAGGGCCUUGAAAGGGCAAAGACGACCCUUAUUAUUGCACAGCAACUCCAGUCCAAACCAACUACUUCACCCAGGCUAGGCAUUGAAAAGCGAAAAGCGAAAAGGCCGGCAAGAGUUUGGGUUCGACCACCAUCAUGGUUAACAAACAAAAUGUGGGCAAUCCAGGGGCACCGAGCCCACUCCGGAAUGAACUUGAGCAUACGCACAUAUAAUGUCGUUGAGAACCACGCUCCUAUUUUUCUGUAUGCCUCCACCGGUAACAUUCUAGGCCUCUAUGACCUUCUGCACAAAGAACCAGCGGAAGCAUCAGUGUAUGACUGCGACGAAACCGGCUGGACGGCUCUUCACUUCGCUGCUCAACAUGGGCAAAUUCGCGCCUGUCGUCUACUCCUGGAAAAUGGUGCAGAAAGCAACGUCCAAACCACGUGGGGAGCGACACCAUUGGGAUGUUCCAAUGAUUACGCAAGUUCUUGGAUUGACAUGGCCGACACCAACACGGUGCUGGAUCUUUAUCGGAUCUUCCUGAGCGACUGUGACCCUGAGGCUUUUCAAGAGGACAUCGAUGAGAGACUGCCACACACUUCCGGCUUCUCAGGCCCUCCUGGAGCACUUGAGAUACUCCUGGAGCAGCAGUGUCCCGACUACAGAAGCUGGUCUCUCCAGAAACGCUUCGAAUUUACAAUGAAGCUUGAUCGCUGGUGGGUGGCCGGAAUGACGUCGUCAGUCUUCCGAAAGGCAAUGGGGGAGGGGUCCAUCGACCCUGCUGCAUACCAUCUGUUCGAUCAAAAGAACGAAACGCUUCUGUUCUUCAUCCUGGAGCGCCUGGCAGUUGAGCAUGCUGCAAAGAGGACCGAAAAUCUCGCCGGCUGGCGUGGCUUACUAGCGGAUGCGGUCAAAGCGGGAACAGAUCUCGACAAAAUUUCUACUAGAUGGUUGCCGUUCCAUCGCUCGACACCCCUAUGUCUUUUCAUCAAGUGGUACACCAUCGACCACGGAGAAUUUAGGAAACACGGGUAUGACUUUACCGGGAUAGUGCGACUCUGGGUCACCGAGCUCAAGGACGUCGGUGUGGACCUCGUCCGGUACGGGGAGCGCCACCUGGCAUUGUUCAAGCAGGGAUGUUGCCGAAAGCUGUUUUUCAUAUACGUGGGAGUGCAGCGGAGUGGCCGAGAAUUCGACCCCAAAUUAGGCAACCUUGAACCAUGGCGUCUGAUCAACUUGAAAUAUGGGCCUUCCCCGGACGAUUGGGAGGUGUGGAUUUCUAACCCACGCGAUGAGUUCGCGGGCGAUUUCUGGCGUCUAGUAGAAGAGCCCGAGUUGAAGGUGCCUGGUUCAUGGGUGGAUUAG